GAAAAACCAAACCUUUUUUCUCGCUUCUUUUUUCUCUGCAAAACAAAAAAAAAUUCCCAUUGAUUGAUCGAACGGAAUCUCUUUCUGGGCUUUCCCAUAGAUUCAUAAGAAGCCAAAUGGUUGAGGCAGAGCGUCCGGAGAAUCUCUGGAUCGCUUCCGGAAUGCCGUCAUCGUCGUCUCCGGCGGAAACUCAAAGACGUGAUUUUUCGAUCGUGGAUUCGAAUAGUGGAACAGAAGAUGUUAGAGGAUUUGGAAGCGUUGGAGUGCAGAUAGCUUCCCGGCCUGAGUUGGAGAAGGGCUCGACGGAGGAAAAGCUAGGGAUGACGGAGAGGGUUUUCUCCGCCGCCGGAGCUGCGUUUUUGUCUGCUGUUAUUCUAAAUCCUCUUGACGUUGUAAAGACUCGAUUGCAAGCUCAAGCUGCUGGAGUUUCUUACUCUCACCCACUCAGUGACGCCAUUGGACGCAUGGCGUUCUUUGGACCGAACAUGAUGUUUACAGACUUGAGAUGUUCGCCUUCAUGUUCACGCGCUGGUGUUCAUGGUACUGUCUCUAUUUGCCCGCCAGAUUGUUUCCAGUACAAAGGAACACUUGAUGUCUUCACCAAGAUCAUACGACAGGAGGGCAUGGCACGCCUGUGGAGAGGGACUAAUGCUGGUCUAGCCAUAGCUGUGCCCAUGGUUGGGAUUUAUCUGCCAUUCUAUGAUAUGUUUCGCAACCGGAUGGAAGAAUUCUCUCGGGAGAAUGCACCUUCUACGACGAUGUUUGUGCCUCUUGUUGCAGGAGCAUUGGCGCGGUCCCUAGCUUGUACUGUGUGCUAUCCAAUUGAACUUGCUAGAACACGUAUGCAGGCAUUCAAAGAAGCUAAAGCAGGUAUGAAGCCUCCAGGUGUUCUUAAAACACUGGUUGGUGUAGUCUCUGAAGUCAGGACAACAAAUAACCUUCAAAAUAGUUUGCACAAUUAUCGUGUUCUAUGGAGAGGCUUGGGUGCACAACUUGCCCGUGAUGUUCCAUUCUCAGCAAUCUGCUGGGCGACUCUCGAGCCAAUGAGAAGGAGGCUUCUUGGAAUUGUGGGAAAUGAUACAAACGCUCUUGGUAUUCUCGGUGCUAACUUUUCAGCUGGUUUUGUAGCUGGAAGUAUAGCUGCUGCCACUACUUGUCCUUUUGACGUAGCAAAAACAAGAAGACAGAUAGAGAAGGACCCUAGUAGGGCAAUGAGAAUGACCACACGACAGACACUAAUAGAGGUUUGGAGGGAUGGAGGGAUGAGAGGACUGUUCACGGGAAUGGGUCCAAGGGUGGCUCGUGCAGGACCAUCUGUAGGGAUAGUUGUUUCUUUCUACGAAGUGGUCAAGUAUGUUCUGCAUCGCCAAUACACUUCAUCAUGA